GACAGGAAGUAGGAAGUGCCCCUAAGAAAACAGAAACAUGUCUCUGCCCAAAAAAUUUCUGCACCCCAUAUAAAACCACAAAAAUAAUGAAUUUAGGGUCUUCUAACCCUCAUGGGAAUGGCCUGCUUUAUGCAGGAUGGAACCAAGAUCAGGGAUGUUUCGCUUGUGGUAUGGAGAAUGGAUUCAGGGUUUACAACUCCGACCCAUUGAAAGAGAAAGAAAGACAGGAUUUCAGUGAAGGUGGUGUUGGCCUUGUGGAAAUGUUAUUCAGGUGUAAUUACUUAGCGCUUGUUGGAGGUGGAAAAACGCCAAAAUAUCCACCAAAUAAAGUCAUGGUAUGGGAUGAUCUUAAAAAGAAACAUGUCAUUGAAUUAGAGUUUGCCAGUGAAGUCAGAGCAGUCAGACUCAGAAGGGAUCGGAUAGUUGUAGUUCUGGACACAAUGAUCAAAGUCUACACAUUUACACAAAAUCCUCAACAGUUACAUGUGUUUGAAACAUGCAAUAACACAAAAGGCCUGUGUGUUAUGUGUCCGAAUAGUAACAAUUCACUGCUAGCAUUUCCUGGCCGUAAAAUGGGUCAUGUACAGAUAAUUGACCUUGCCAACACGGAAAAGGCGCCUCAGGACAUAACUGCACACGAAGCGCCACUUAGUGCCAUAUCUUUAAACUUACAAGGGACGCGACUAGCAACAGCUUCAGAAAAGGGCACAUUGAUUCGUGUCUUUGCCACAUCCAGUGGGGACCAAUUACAUGAGCUUAGACGAGGAGCCAAUGCAGCAGUGAUAUAUUGUAUCAGCUUUAACCAAGACUCCUCGAUGCUGUGUGUCUCCAGUGAUCAUGGCACAGUGCACAUCUUCUCUAUAGAAGACCCAAAAAAGAACAAACAGUCAAGCCUCGCCUCUGCUAGCUUCCUCCCAAAGUACUUCAGCUCAAAAUGGAGUUUUUCCAAGUUCCAAGUACCCGGUGGGUCACAGUGUAUGUGUGCAUUUGGUUCCGACGCCAACUCUGUUGUAGUGAUAUGUGCUGACGGCAGUUACUUCAAAUUCACAUUCACCGCAAAAGGUGAGUGCACCCGUGAUGUCUACGCCCAGUUCCUGGAGAUGACCGAUGACAAAACAUGAUUAAGCAGGACUUCUAGCCAAGAAAUUCUAAUGAUGAGGACUCAUGUGACUUCUAGUGACAGGCCAAAUAGAUUCUCAACAUUCUAGCUCCCUCGGUAUAGAAUCUUUUAUAGCCCUAUUUGGUGUUGUAAACAUUGCCUGGCUUCAUUUCAUGAGUGAAUGAGUGUCUUCUUGGGGGGAGGGAUAUUUUAGGAUGUUAAAUGGUAGAAUAAGAAUAUUGACACUUUUGUAGUGCAGGUUUCAUGUAGAGAACCUGCUCCCAGAUGCUUUGGGAUUAUUAUUAUUAUCCUAGUCUUUGCAGCUAUAAAGCACAUAAGACCUCAACCACUGGAGGAACCAAGUAGUGACCUGGCCAGGAGUUGAACCCACAACCUUCAUGAUUGUUUGGCCAACUCUCUUCCACUGUCCCCCAUGGUUCCACUCCAUGGUGUAGUGUCAAGGAGUAUGUUUAAUGUACUAUUAGUUUUUAAAACGUCGUGAUGAGUUGAACACUGAAAAUAUACUGUGCCAGUGUAAUUUGUGAAUUUGGUUGAUUGAACUAGUCAUAAUUUUAAUUAUUUUUCUGUUGGAUUGCUUCUCUCUGGUAGUGUUGAAUGCCUAACAUUCUUGAUCAUAAUGUACUGAUUGAAGAACGACCGAAGAGGGAUAUGCUGUUGGCAUAGAUUCUUUUGUUUUCGACCCUUUCUGAAUGAAGCCAGUGCAAUGUGUCAUAUCAUAAUGUGACUAUAUUUUACUCAAAAUUGCUACCGUUCUGUAUUAAGGUUGUAAAUUUUCUUGCUACUGUUUAUUGCAUCUUAGGCUUGUUCUAGCUUCAUAUUCAAAUAAAAGUGCAAAAAUAAUUCUAAUACUUGGUGCUUUAAUGUCGAUAUUGGUGUCAUACCAACUUGUGAUAUGAUAGGUGGCGAGUCAGAGAGGUGACAAAUAGUAUUAUGCCAUCAUCAAACCUAUAAAACUCAUGAGAUUAUCCUGCUUUUCCUUGGAGUCUUAAAAUGAAACUUCUGAUGGAGGGUUAGGGAUGACAGGUGUUGGUGGACAGUUUCCACUUCAAUGAAGAUGAUAACACUGGUGUUGUGUGUACUAUACAGUGAAACUUUCAAGGUGCUGAAUCUUCAAUAACCUACAUUGUAAACCUUAAAAGUGUAACCUGAUGUCCACGAUUCGGUUAUUUGAUCAAAUCAAUGCCGGUUCCUGAUGAUAUUCCUGGGUUUUUUUUGCACUUCAAACCAAGGUUUGUAAAUUAUGCAAAAUAUUCAUGGUUUAGAGAAAUUGGGGAUGAAAUAGAUAAGAAGAGCUCUGUGGAACAAAUACAGGCCAUGUCAUUAACCUUGCUUGAAUCAUAUGGUUCCAAAACAAAACAGGCAUAACAUUUACUUAUAGAGCAUUCAAGGGCCUUGAAAGACCAUUAGCAUUAGAUUCAUUGUAAACUAUUGUCCAUGUCAAGAAUUCGUAUCUGAUCCUGCAUGCGUUUGUUAGUUCUUAAUGGUUAGAUAACUGGAAAUUUAUACCAGAUAUUCAUUCAUGUAUCAUGCUUCUAGCUGGCUUCACCCUGCUUUUGAACUGUUCUGUGCAGUCAGUGGUCCAGAGGCUUGCGACCUCUUUGCAGUGUGACUAACUUAUUUUGUGCCUUGUAGCACAAAUCUGAUGUUAAAACCAAGCUUAGCUGCAAGUGCUAGGCUGCUUCUUAUGAUUGUUAUCAGUUGACCAUUUGUUGCUUAGAAAAUGAUAAUUAGCAUGUUGCUAAUUUUAAUUUACCAUGUUGUACCAAUGCAUACUUGGUUGUAUAUAAUUUAUUAAGUCUAUAAUUGACUUUCUAAUUCCCUGUAAAUGAAUAGCACUAACCAAACUAAAUCAAGCUAUUUUUUGUUAGGUUUGUUUUUCAAUGCAUAUUUGUACAUAGAGUUGAUUAUUGUCAGAAGAUGCUCAGUCCUGCUCCCCUCUGCACAAGGUUGUGCUGUGGCCAAAAUGGCAUUUAUUCAUGUAUAUCUUGCUAAAUUUCAAAAAGCAAGAGUUGAAUUGUAAUUUUAAUUAGAUUGCUCUGAGAAAAUACAUUUGUUUUGAUGCCUUGUGCCCAAAAUGUUGCCUGUUUGGGUUGGCUCAAACACAAAAAAUCACUUUGGCAGCAUUUUUGGGCAAAAAGUAUCAAAUGAAAUGUAUUUUCUCUUAACAAUUUAAGUAAGAUGACAGCUUAACCCUAGCUUUUUGAAAUUUACCAACUUGACGUUGUUGGGGAAUAAAUGCCCUUUUAGCCACUGUAAAAUUUUGGCAAAGGGUGGUAAAUUUAAUACACGUGUACUCCAUUUUUAUCAACACAUAUAAUCAGCUUACAGCAUGGUACGGUACUUGUACAUGUAACUGAGUACACUAUAUACUUCAUAAGUACAUGUACAUGUACUUGUGAAAUGUCCUUGGAUACUGAAAUCGAAAAAAAAUUGAUCUAGAUUCUACUUUUGCAGGAGUAGGGCUUGUGUAUACACUGCUUCAUGAUCAUUAAGCAGUAAAGGUGUACAGAUUGUUUGAUAGACCUUUUGUCACUACUAGGUGUACCAAAAACACUGAAUCACUAGUUUUGCCAGCGAGUAACUGAAAUUCUGAAGGUCUGUCCUCGUGAUUCUUUUAUAUAUUUACACAUUGUUCAUAU